GGUCGAUCAGUCAUUGUACAUUGCUGGCUGGGAAGGCUGGAGCUUCCAAGUCCUUGAAGAGGCUUUCUGGAGCUUCCAAGUCCUUGAAGAGGCUUUUUUUUCAAGAGGUGUCCUUGAAGAGCUUGCCGAAAGUACGUACGAGACCAUCGUAGCGGUGGGGUGUAGUGGGCCGCGUGCGCAUGGGCAUGGCAGUGCUGUCGUCUGCGAAGGGCGCCGUUCUCCCGUGCGCUUGCAGCGGCCGAGCCCUGGCCCUGGCGAGGGUCCUGGGGAGCGGCCUCCGCGGGGCGUUCGCAACGGCCGGAGGCAGCAGCAGCUCGCUUCUCCCGCGCCGGUGGGCGUCGUCGCUGCCGCAGCAGCUGGAACCCGCCGACAGAUCCGACGAGGAGAGCGGCGGAGAAAUCGACUGGGACAACCUCGGGUUCGGGCUGACCCCGACCGACUACAUGUACGUCAUGCGGUGCUCGCUGGAAGACUGCGGCGUCUUCUCCGGCGGCAAGCUCAGCCGCUAUGGCAACAUCGAGCUCAGCCCCUCCUCCGGUGUCCUCAACUACGGCCAGGGGCUGUUCGAGGGGAUGAAGGCUCACCGGCGGCCGGACCGGGCGGGGUACACGCUGUUCCGGCCGGAGGAGAACGCGCGGCGGAUGCAGCACGGCGCCGAGCGCAUGUGCAUGCCGGCCCCGUCGGUCGAGCAGUUCGUUGACGCCGUCAAGCAGACCGUCCUCGCCAACAGGCGCUGGGUGCCGCCGCAAGGAAAGGGAGCCCUGUACCUCAGGCCUCUGCUCAUCGGGAGCGGCCCGAUUCUUGGGUUGGCUCCGGCUCCCGAGUACACGUUCCUGAUCUAUGCCGCACCCGUAGGAAACUACUUCAAGGAGGGCCUCGCACCGAUAAACCUGGUCAUCGAGGACGGGAUCCACCGCGCGAUGCCGGGCGGGACCGGCGGGGUCAAGACGAUCACCAACUACGCCCCGGUGCUCAAGCCGCAGAUGGACGCCAAGAGCAAAGGGUUCACGGACGUGCUGUACCUCGACUCGGUCCACAAGAGGUACCUGGAGGAGGUCUCCUCGUGCAACGUGUUCGUCGUCAAGGGCGGCGUCGUCGCCACGCCGGCCACCAGGGGCACCAUCCUGCCGGGGAUCACGCGCAAGAGCGUCAUCGAGCUCGCCACGGACCGCGGCUACAAGGUUGAGGAACGCCUCGUUUCCAUCGACGAUUUGAUGGACGCAGACGAGGUCUUCUGCACCGGGACAGCGGUGGUGGUUGCUCCGGUGUCGACAGUUACCUACCAGGGGCAAAAGUACGAUUUCAGAACUGGCCCAGACACAGUGUCGCAGAAACUGCACACGGCUCUGACUUCCAUUCAGAUGGGCCUGGCCGAGGACAAGAAAGGAUGGACAGUGGCAAUAGAUUAAGGUGAGCGUGGGGCCGACGAGUCUCAAUCAUUAAUCUGUUCUUCAGAUUUGUCAUUGUAAAUAAUCAUGGUAUUAUCUUAUGAUAGAACCGGGCCAUUGAUCACAAGUAAGAUUUGGGCAAUGGAAGAAGCAAAGAAUAGAUCUUUGUGCUUUGGACAAAAUAAACCGUGUGUUCAUGCUCAUGCCUAUCAUUGAGGCAAUUGAUCAACCAUCGGUUUC